AGCAGCAGGUGUCCGACUUGGCGGUUCGUUUUUCAACUCCUCCCUCGUCUGCGCAGCAGCUAAUCUCGUUCUGCACGGCGCUGCGUGAGGUCGAUAACAAAUGAGGUCGAACGCAAUUUAUGGGAACUCAACCAUGUGCUCAUAGUUUGUAAACACACAGAUCAACGAGAUGUCCUCAGAACAGGAGCUGACACAGACACCCGUGCACAAGAUCUGGGUGCCUUGGAUGAAGACUUCCCUAAACCAAAGAAGAGGGUUUGUUUGUGUGUAAGGAAAGCAGUAAUGUCUUGUAGAUGAUCAACCUGGCUUUGUGAACUUUGACCCCCUGCAUUCUACAUCUGUGUUUAAGUCAUUUAGUGGACGCUUAUAUCAAAAGGGUUUCUCUAGCCUCAAGACCCCAGUUCACAAACUGCCCUACAGUGAUUGUGAUGGUUGGACUGCCAGCCAGGGGAAAGACCUACAUCUCUAAAAAGUUAACCCGGUACCUCAACUGGAUUGGUGUCACAACUCAAGUCUUUAAUGUGGGUCAGUAUCGAAGAGAGGCCGUUCAGACAUACAGAAACUAUGAAUUUUUCUGUCCAGACAAUGAAGAGGCCAUGAAAAUCCGCAGGGCCUGUGCCUCAAAUGCUCUUAAGGACGUUGCUACUUACUUCAGUAAGCACCAGGGACAAGUAGCAGUAUUUGAUGCCACCAACACUACAAGAGAGAGAAGAGGAAUCAUCAUCAGUUUUGCCAAGGAGAAGGGCUACAAGGUGUUUUUCAUUGAAUCCAUCUGUGAUGACCCAGAAAUCAUUGAGGCAAAUAUAACGCAAGUAAAGAUAAGCAGCCCAGAUUAUGAAAAUUAUGACAAAGAGGAAGCGCUGGUGGACUUUCUGAAGCGUAUUGACUGUUACAAAAAGUCCUAUGUGUCCCUAGACGAGGAAAAAGACAAACACAUCUCCUACAUCAAGAUCUUUAAUGCGGGUUCAAGGUACCUUGUGAACCGGGUCCAGGACCACAUACAGAGUCGCAUAGUGUAUUAUCUCAUGAACAUCCACGUCACUCCUCGUUCCAUCUAUCUGAGCCGGCACGGUGAGAGUGAGCUCAACCUACUCGGAAAAAUUGGUGGAGAUUCAGACCUCUCUUCACAGGGCCAAAAGUACGCUACAGCCUUGUCAGAGUUCAUCAGGGGUCAGGCCAUCAAGGACCUGAAGGUGUGGACCAGCCACAUGAAAAGAACCGUACAGACAGCAGAGGCGUUAGGCGUUACGUACGAGCAGUGGAAGGCCCUCAAUGAAAUCGAUGCUGGCGUUUGUGAGGAGAUGACCUAUGAGGAGAUUCAAGAGAAUUAUCCAGAGGAGUUUGCAAUGAGAGACAAGGAGAAAUACCGCUACCGAUAUCCAAAGGGUGAAUCGUAUGAAGACCUGGUGCACCGCCUGGAGCCCGUCAUAAUGGAGCUUGAGAGACAGGAGAAUGUUCUGGUCAUCUGCCACCAGGCAGUCAUGCGUUGUCUUCUGGCCUACUUUCUGGACAAGAGCGCAGAUAAUCUUCCCUAUCUGAAGUGUCCUCUGCAUACUGUUCUCAAACUCAUUCCACUAGCUUAUGGAUGCAAAGUGGAGUCGUUCUAUUUGAACGUCAAAGCAGUGAAUACACACAGAGAUAAACCUUCCGAUGUGAAUAUAACAAGAAAUACAGAAGAAGCACUCCGGACUGUCCCUGAUCAUCUCUGACCUGAAGGGAAGAACUGUGACAGUGAAGCCAUUCAAUGCAGGAACUUUUUUUUGCCAAAUCAAAGACAUGUACCAGAAUAUGUGUCAACAGUUGGUGUGAAAUUUUAAAAGAUUUAAGAAUCCUCCAUCCACAUUCGUCAACAUUAUAAACAUUGUGUUUUUUUAGGGUUUUAAAUCAUUGAUGUAAUAAAACAAAUUAAAAAACAAACAUUUAAGAUUCUUAA